UUUUCAGUUAGCAAUUUGAAAUGUUUUGAAGUUUGAAAUUCAACGUUUGCUUUGAAUUGUAAUUUAAGAAUUAUAAAGAGAUUAUUAUAAUUUAUAAUAAUGUAUUCGACAAGAUAUGUGCCCGGUGCGCAAUCAACAAGUCGCAAAUCAAGAUUGGAAGGCAAACCAUCAUUGUUACCAAAACCACGACGCACUGGAUCGACGGAGCCCGAGAUUCGCCGGCCGAGUGGAGCGGGCCAUCGUUCCAGCAGCGCGGAGCCGCCUAGGGCUACAUUUGGUGGUCGUCUAAGUAGAGAACCCUCAGCUACCAAUUUGCCUCCAAGUAGUUCAAGGUCUAAAUCACAGCAAAGUGAUAUGAGAUAUGGAGGGAAUCACUACAUGUCCACACCACUGCACUCGAAUCAUAAUGCACGAACAACUAAUACACCAUUGGAGUUCCGUUUACCAGCCAGUGAGUUAAAGCAUGGAGUGACUCCGUUACGCUACAGUCAUAACUUGACUACCACCCCCAGGAGAACAGGAGAUGAGUCCUCCGGACGCAGCUGGGAGCAGGCACUGGAUCGCGUUCUAGCAUUUGUUACAGUGAAGGAUCAGAGGCCGCUGUCGAGUGCGGGAUGGCAGCGCGCGGCGGCGGCCCGCGUGGGCGAAGCCCUAUCGGCGCGCGCGGCGGAGGGUGGCAAGGCGCUGGCGCUGCUGCGGCCCCUCACCAUCGCACGUUUCAUCGACAUCGUGGUUGAACUACUGGCAGCCAUUUAUACCAACCCCACACUCAAUACUGACAAUUACGUCACAAAGCUGCCGCACAUAACGAAGCGGCUGCUGUACCCGGGCGCGGUGUCCAAGUCGUGGCUGCGCACCGUCAACACGCUGCACGCCUUCCCGCACGCGCUCGCCCUCCUCGCCUACCUCACUGACCUCGUGCACUUCUGUGAAAGUCCAAUAGAAGAAGAGUUGAUAUAUCUGGCUAAAGAUGAUUUAGCUCGACUCAAACAAGAUUUUAUUUUCCGCAGCUGGCAGAGAUUCCAGAUGCCAGAGUAUCAGUUUGAUGAUUUAGCGGAGGAAUAUUUACAGAAUCUGAAAAUACUUCUUGGGAAUGAUGAUGAGAAGAUUCAAGAAUUAGAGAGAACAGUUCAGAAGCAGGAGAGCCAGCUGGAGGACGAGACGGAGGCGGCGGCGCGCGCGGACGUGGCGCGGCGCGAGGGGCGCGCGGGCGCGGUGCGCGCGGCGCUGCGCGGGGAGCGCGCCGCCGCGCUGCACGCCGCCGCCGCCGCGGAGGACGCGCGCGCCGCACGACAACGACUGCUCGAUGGACUCACUGAUAUCGAUGCUGAAGUGGAACGUGCUGUCGCGGAGAGCCAGCGGCUGGUGGCGGAGGUGUCUGCGCAGAGCAUGUCGGUGUCGGAGCGCGCGCAGCUGCUGGAGCAGCUCGACUACGCCUUCCGCGUGCACGACUCCAAGACCGCGCUCGCGGACCACAUCGCCAAGAUGGUGGUGGGCAAGGAGACGGAGCUGGCGGGCUGGCAGAAGCGCACGCUGGACAGCUGCCUGCAGUACAAGCAGGCGCUCAUACACCUCGCGCCGCGCUCGCCGGACCUCGCCGACUACAACAUCGAUGAGAACGAGCUGAUGAGUGCGUCGUGCGCGGAGAAGAUAUCCUCGUGCGUGUGCGUGCUGCGCGAGCGCGCCGCCGCGUUGGCCGCCGAGCGCGCGCAGCGCACCUCCGCGCGCGCCGCCACCAAGCGACACGCGCAGCGCCAGCUGGAGGUGACUCGGGCUAAGAUAGAGGAGGUGAGUGCGCUGGUAGAGGCGGAGCAGGCGCUGCUAGAGGAGGAGGUGCGGGGCGAGCGCGAGGAGGGCGCGCGCGCGGCGGCAGAGCUGACCGCGCUCAGCCAGCAGGCGGCGGCGCUGCUCGCGGCGCAGGCGCAGCACGCGCAAGUCGACACCGACCUGGAGUUCUGGAGGCAGCAGGAUGUAGAAUGGCGCAGCAAGUUGUCGUCGCUGCAGGAGCGUGUGGCGAGCGCGCGCGCGGAGUCGCAGCACGCGCUAGUGCAGGCCACGCGGCGCCGCGCGCACCUCGCACUGCACACCAUACAGGUGUUGAGAGAUAACCUGCCAAAAUGAUCACAUAUCUCGGUACAAGCACGCUUUCGGUUUAUCUAUACUAAUAUAAUAAAACGUAAACACAUUUUGUUAUGUAUAAUGUAAUCACAGCAUAUUUUUGUAUAAUCCGUUUUUUAAUUAAAAGCCACAUGUGUCUAUAAUUACUGUGAAUUGGAAAAAAUUGUCAUACGAGAAAGGGACAUAAAAUACAAACCAAUAGGGAGAAUGAAUCAAGGUUGCCAUGGUAGCGGUAAUUUUUUUGACAAACUCAUUCACUGUAAUUUUAAAAAUUUUGACAUUUGCAAUUGAAUGGAAUGUAAAGAAAAAAUAAAUAAUAAAUAAAAAAAAUUAAAAUGUGCGGAUGAAGCCACAGAGAACAACUAGUAUUUUAUACAACUAUUGAUCCUAUUUACGGAAAUUAAAAUGAUAUUUUUGUUAGAUUACGAGAUUUUAACUUUGUAUAAUAUUAAGACAGUUUUUUACACCUAUGUAAGUGUUACUAUAAUUAACAUGUA